GGUUUUCAGGCUAGAAAAUAGCGGUUUCGUAGCGGUAAACCGCCUUCUCCAAACUCACCUUAUAAAACCCCCGCUCAGUUCAUUACCGCUCUGAGAAAUAAAAGUAAAACUGCAAAUUUUUUCUGAGUGAUUUUGGUGGGGAGUUUGGGUAGAGAUCUUGUUGGUUUUUAGAGAGAGAAAGAGAGUGCAUUGGGGAAAUGGGGAGGGGAAAGAUCGUGAUAAGGAGGAUCGAUAAUUCGACGAGCAGGCAGGUGACUUUCUCGAAGAGGAGGAAUGGAUUGUUGAAGAAGGCGAAAGAGCUCGCCAUUCUUUGUGAUGCUGAUGUGGGUCUCGUGAUCUUUUCAAGCACAGGCAAGCUCUAUGAAUUUUCAAGCUCAAGAGUAAAAACCUAUGAAGUAGAGCAAUCAAGGGGAAGUCAAGGAAAACGAACUCCUGAUAACAUGCCCAGGAGUGACAUCCCAGAUAUUGUUGAAGGGAUGCGGAAUGCCCAAAGCCAAUCUCACCAAGCAGCUAAGAGUAUGAAGUCAAUAAUUGAACGAUACAACAAAUGCAAGGAUGAAAGGCAUCAAGAUUCAAGUUCAUCUUCAGAAGUAACGUUAUGGCAGAGGGAGGCAGCAACCUUAAGGCAGCAACUCAAAUCUUUGCAAGAUAAUCACCGGCAAUUGAUGGGAGAAGAACUUUCAGGUUUAGGUGUUGGGGAACUACAAAAUUUAGAGAACCAACUGGAAAUGAGUUUGCGUGGAGUUCGAAGGAAGAAAGAUCAAAUCUUAACCGAGCAAAUUCAAGAACUACAACGAAAGGGAGAUCUUAUACAUCAAGAAAAUAUGGAGUUAUACAGGAAGGUUUAUGAAGCUAGGAUAUCAAAUGAGGGAACAAAAACGAAGUCCUUUUCAUUGACCAAUUUCAACUUUGGAGAUGACCCACACAUGCCCAUCCAUCUUCAACUUAGCCAGCCCCAACCACAACAAUACGAGUCACCGGCAAGAUCCAUGAAGCUGAGGUGUGUGGACAUGAGGGAAGCCAGUCCAGAGACUACAUUUGACCAAAAGGAGGACAAAAAAUGGUGACGUAGUGGAUGACGCGGCCUUUUGGAUGGCAUCAAAUCUAUGUUUGCUCAGAUUUGAUGGGAAUUUUUAGUAAUUUUGAAGUUAUUCUUAAUCUAUAAGUUCUUCAGGUGUCGAAACUAUCAUAUCUACUGUUUACAACUAAGCUACUAGGGCACGGAAUCACUUGAAAUCAGCUUUUCAUUAGUUCCUGAAGAACCGAAUAGCUAGACUUUGGAGAGAUACAGACCCAACCAAUACUUGUAGUGACUUGGCCAAAGCAAUGCCAGAUUCGGCCAAGUCCCCAAGUCAUGGAGUAGUCAAGGACAAUAAUCGCAUAUUUCACCCAAUAGGGGGUAUGAUGACCUGAAAUUUCAUCUUUUGGGUCAAUUAUGAGCCCUCUAUAAGAUUGAAUAACAUGAUUUGCAAAAGAUUGAGAAAUGCUUUUAGAUUCGAAAGCAAUCAGAAUCCCAAAUUUGAAAUCGUCAAGGUUUUGGGUGAACCUCAAAUCUUGUCGAUCCAAAACCUAACCUCAAAUAUACUAUGGGGAUACAAUUUUGCAGGCAUUGAAAACCAAUUAUGACUAGUAAUUGCUUUUGCAAUGUAUUUAUUUUGUUUUAGAUGUAAUU